GAAACCCUAAUUACAAUUAUUAGUACGUCAAAGUUCAUUUUUAUGAAAUUAGCUAUGUUUUGAAAGAAAAAGAAAAUAUAAAAAAAUGAAGAAGAAACGGUAAAAAGAAGAGGGUGCUUUCGAAGACUCUUCCCUCGAAUAAACGCAUAGAAGUGACAGCCGUUAUUAAUACCGACUGUCGUACUUUCUUCCACAGACCUAACCACACACACAACACUCUCUCUCUCUUUGCUUACGACUUCCGAGACAAAUAGAGAAUUCUUGUAAAAGCUUUUACCUUUUAGAGGAAAGAACAGUGCAGAUCUUAGAAGGAUCCGAAGACCCACCACGAAAAUAAACCAAACUAUAACCAAGUCAAAGUCUUAUAUUUACCCACAGGACAAAAAGUUGAAUUCCAAGAACCAUUUUUAUUCUAGCUUCUCUCAUCUGUCUUUGCUUUGGAAGAAGUCUCCAGCUUCAUUUGACUUCAACUGUUCCAGGUUAUUUGUUUGUUUUCGUGUUCUUCUGUUUUGUGGCUUCUCUGAGAUGACUCACGUGUUGGUACGAAGAGAGAGACACGGAAGCAAAAAUAGAAGAUGGGACAUGACCAUCAAAUAUUUCUUCUUCUUCUUAGUUGUCAUGUUUCAGAUAUGCUUGUCCUCAUCAUCAGCUUCUGUUGAUUCUCGUCGUCACUUCGUCUCGUCGCCGCCGAGAAAGACUCUGGUGUAUGCAGCGGCGCCGUUUCGUUGGGAUUUGAAUAUAGAAGAUAACAUUUAUGGAGACGACAAGAGAGUAGUUCACACCGGUCCCAAUCCUCUCCACAACUAACUUUUACGUGUUGCUAUUAUUAUCCAUUACCCUCCCAUACCCACCCUACGAAGGCUACAAGCAAGACGCAAACGUGAAACACUAAUCGCGAUGCAGAGGUACCCUUAGUGUAAAAUCAAGAAUGUCAUAGAUUUUGUAAGGUAGAGUCCUCUUUUUGUAUCUCAUGGAGCAUAUAAACAUUUUAGCUUUUUGUGUAGGGCUUAGUUCGGGUAUGUGGAACUAUAUAAUAUUAGUAUUAAGAGUUUAAACUUUAAAGGUUACUCACCACUUAUUCCUUAGAUUUCAUUUUCCCUUGAAA